AUGACCAGAUUCGAGAUGAACAUGGGCGAGUCUUCGGUGGCUCCAGCGGUCUCGCUGGAGCAUUCUGAUUUCCCACAUCUCACCUCGGUGGAGUGGCAGGCACUACAUCGCCUCGCGGCGGUGUCUGGUGAAACUAUUGUGACGUCGCUGCUGAGCACAGCGACGCCUGAUGAUCAACGUGCCGCCAUCCAAGACUUUAUGGUGCGCGAGCUCGCCGAAGCGAAUCGGCGAGUAUUGACUCCCUCGCGCACUUCGCACCAUGACGCUAUCAAGAUGGAGACGUCAACGUACUCCGGUGAUGGUCCGGAUCGUCUCCCCCUCAAUCGCUGGUUUCGCGAGGUGGAUAUUGCAAUAGCGUCAAGAUUAAUUGACGCUCCGACGGCCAAGGUCAAUUUCCUGUUGUCUCGUCUUGCCGGCAAAGCCAAGGAAUGGGCCCUCGGAAAGCUCGUCGUAGAUGAGUCGGCGUUUCCUACGCUGGACGAUAUCCAGCGUGACUUACGACUGGCUUUCGAGCCUCCUCAAGAUGAAUCUCGCUUGCGUGCAGAUUUCUUCUCACUCCGACAGGGCAAGCUGUCGAUGCGUGACUACGUGCAGAAGACACGUCAUCUUGCUUCGUGCAUUACCACGCAGCCAAUUGACAUGGCUUCACAAGUCCAUGUCUUUAUCUUUGGUAUGCAAGAGGGCAUGACGCGUUACUGCCUCACACGUGCUGAGCCAAAGUCCCUCGAGGAGGCAUUUGCCCUCGCGCUUCGUGAGGAUUACACUGUCGCGUCGUCGUACCUGCACGCAGCGUCACAACAUUCCCGGAUGUCUGGCCCAGAGCCAAUGGAAAUUGAUGCAAUUGAGUCCUCUCGUGGUCGCGGCAAAUCAUUAAGCCGCGACAUUCGCAAUCCUAACACGAUGAAGUGUUUUCGCUGUGGUAAAACAGGCCAUCGUGCGGCUGUCUGUCGUGCACCUGCGCCGGUGACGAUGAACACAGCUGUCUCACGAGGAGACGCUGUGUCGUCGGUGGUCCCGCCAAAAAACGAGCGGUUCCAGUAG